UUCUAAAAGAAGAGAAAGACUGAGGGAGGGAGGGAAACCUCAGAUGGAAACCAAGAGUGGCAAUCAUUUGUCUAGGAUCUUCUCCCCCCUCUGAAAUCUGAAUUUCAACAGAGAUCCCGUCUGCUUGCUCCUUCCUUCCUUCCCUCUCCUCUCCAUCCUUUUGUGCGCGCAAGUUGUUAAACUGGCACACGACUUUGGCUUUUUGGAGAGAGGCCACAUACAUACGGCUUACUGGAGAGAGGCGGGGCCGCCGCUUUUUGGCCUCCUCCCCAUUGGAGCGCACAAAGCUGGGCGGCACCAUUUAACACUACCACCACCACCACCACCACCACCAGGCGCACCGUCACACAACACAAGCGCCAGGGGAGCGACACGCAGGAAUCACCCUGGAGUUUGCCUUCUCCUCUGCGAGCAGAUCGGAUUUGAACCAAGAAAGUUGCCAGCAGUCCACACUUGGAAUAAUUGUUGGAGCAUUCUGAAUUUGUGGAGUGUAUCCAUCGAGGCUGGAGACGCCAAAUUCUGUUCUAGAGGAUUUGCUGGGGUUGCUGAUGGAAGACGAUCCUAAUCAAAACUUUGAGCCAUUCUCGCAGCCUUUCUGCAGCCAGAAUGUGGUUUCAUUUCAAACAAGCGCGACAAGUAGCGGGUCAGGAGGCAUGCCAGUGUACCUGGACUGUUCCAGCAGCAUCGAGACUAACAUGGGGAUGAUGAACACAACACCUUCAGUAGUUGUCUCGACUAGUCCAUCCAGUAUGGUUGCUGAUUCUGCGCAGAACCUCAAAUAUGGAGGACCCCUGGCUGCGGAUUGGUCGUAUCUCGAGCUCCAGGUGCUGAAAGAUUGCCUCGACAGAUAUGUGAAUGAACAUGGCAUCAUGAAGUACAUAAAGAUAGCAGCAUCAAUACCAACCAAGACGGUGAGGGAUGUUGCGAUGAGAUGCCAAUGGAUGGGCAACAAACAAAAUACAAGACGACGGAGGCCUGCAGAGCAUCAUAGCAGAAAAAUGAAAGAUAGAAAGGAUAAUAUGUUAGGGCCUUCGUCGUCCUGGGGUACCCGGACCAGUUAUUCUGUUCAGACGGAUACAAGAGUUUCUUCCUUUGUGCCACAUCAUGCCAUUCAAAACAGUCAAUUUCUAUCUGGAGCCUCUGAGAUAGAUCGUGCAGUUCAGAAUGUACUGGAUGAAAACAAUCGGCUUCUUAAUCAGAUAGACACAAAUAUUCAAGGAUUUCAGGCUCAGAACAAUAUCGAUCUAUUCCAUCGCGUGAGAAUGAACAUUGAUGGCCUUUUACAAACCAUGAGCCAAAUGCCUGGAAAAAUGAGUGAGAUGCCUCGGUUACCAGUUUGGGUUAAUGAAAAUCUUGCUAGCUACUUGCUCCCAGAUCCUAGAAUGGUAAGUACUUCAAGUUCCUGUCACUGGUUGACACUCUUUUAUCACAGAUCAGUUUAAAGUUCUGCAUUUUACCUAGUGAUUUCAUGUUCUUUCAUGAACUUGUUUGAAAUUCGAACCUCACAAUCUUGUGCCGUUCUUGAUCUAGUAAACCAACUUACCAAGUAACCUUUCUUUCUCAAGGCACAAGUUCUUGGAAAAAGCCAUUUGAAGGAGGAGCCAAGAGGAUGGUGAGUCAUAGCCAACAGGUCACAGAUGAGGCAGAUACUGAAACUUCAUCGGUAGUUUGAUGAAUUAGCGAGUAUAAAUACUGCUUCAGCAUAUACGCCAGAUGGCGAUGAAUAGAGUCACCAGAGGAACCUUCUUCCUCUAUAUGGGAUCAAUGGAGAGGUGAGUGGUGACUGAGAAGCCACUCUGCAUUGCAUCACAACAAGCCUGUAUAUUGGUGGCUGAACAUUGAGCGAGCAGUGAUGGUUUCAGGAAA